AUGCUUGUCAGCCUCCCAGACGCGAUCUGGUCCGAGACCUCGAAGAAGAGAACCUUGCCUGCCUCGCAAUUUCCAGAUGCGAAGAGACCCAAGCUUGGCAAAACCGUACAGCUUGGAGACCAAGACAUACACCACUGGGUGUUGAAGAACACACCAGAGCUGGGGACAACAAAGCCGCCAUGCUUGGAGAGGGACGCACAUACAGCUGCCCGUUCCACCCGCCCUACGUCGAAUCUACCAGAGAUCGACGAGCUCUUUAUCCACCAAGAAGGAGCCGAUCUCCACUGCGGACUGAAGGAUGUUUCUCAGUCCGCGCAGGACGUGAUUUUCCUGGACGCACCCUCGCCAUCGCUCGAGGAUCGUAUCGAUUGGUCGAACUCUUCUCCUCGAACCUCUUCGUGUGCAACCAAGACAUCUCUAUCCUCGCCCGCGGAUCGGGCCGAGAGGCAAGAAGUUGACGGCUUCCGCCAAGAUCAGGAUGGACCCUCGGAAGAGGUUUGCUUUGGCAUGCUGAUGGAUAUUGACGCUGAGUGUGUCAGCUCGGUAGACCAUCUCACAAUUGACUGCGUCCUGUCUUGGAACGGUGCCACGACAAUCCAGGUGAACUCAAGCGAACAACAUGCCUUACAUCUCCCACAGCGUAUUGCUCGGGCCUUGACGACACUUUCCCACAACGCGGGCGUUGAAAUCCAGUUUCUCUACCAACAUUGUCGUCAUGCCGGGGAAGAGCCUGCGACUUUUCGAACGAAAGGCUUCCGUAACCGAAAAUCUCAACCGUCCUGUAGAGUCUGUGCUAUCCUCUAUGGCUCAGCUGAUAUCGCUGAUACUGUAGGUGACUGGCUCAGCAGUUGCAACUUGUAUCUUCAGUUACCGGAACACUGUAACCGCAAUGUUCGAUAUUACAACCCUCAGCGGUUGUCUCUUGGCGAUGAGACCAGGAAGAUGACCUUCGACAUAAACCAGAAGCCGCUGACCGCCGAGGCAGAACCGUCGGCCGCCAUCUACGCGAAGUAUAACAGCGAGGAGACGUUUGACGAAUCUCCGCAGCCUCAUAUUAUCUGUACACCUCUGCACAGUCACCAAAAGCAAGCUUUGACUUUCAUGUUGGACAGAGAGAAGGGUUGGGCCUUUUCGGCGUCGAGGCGAGAUUUAUGGAGAUCGUACAUUGACUUGCAUGGGAUUACCCGAUAUCAGAAUGUGCUCUCGGGGGAGUCUCAAUCAGAGCCACCUCCUCCGUUCAAGGGUGGCAUAUUAGCCGAUGAAAUGGGCCUGGGUAAAACUUGCACCAUGCUGUCUCUCAUCGCCUCGAAUCCUGCCCGAUCGCCUCUCACAGGAGCUGGGGAUCCUCCGUCAACCUUCCCGCAAGAGGUGAAGGGCACAUUGAUCGUGGUGCCGUACUCAGUCCUUCAAGUGUGGGAGCACCAGAUUCACCAUCAUUUUCAACCCUCGACGGUCAGGGCGUGCAGCUACUUCGGUCCUGGAAGACACCAACUUGCGCGCGUGUUCAACGAAUAUGACAUUGUGAUGACCACCUACAAUACCGUCGCAGUGGAGUGGAAGUCCAGCGAGUCUGUACGGAGCCAAAAGGGCCACAGCCCCUUGUUUUCAAACCGUUGGCAUCGUAUCAUUCUAGACGAAGCUCAUAUGAUCCGAUCCAGACGCACUACGAUUGCCCGUGCAGUUUUCGCCUUACAUGCCACACAUCGAUGGUGUGUAACCGGCACACCAAUACAAAACCGACUGGGGGAUCUUGCCAGUCUUCUGCGCUUCUUAAAAGUAUUUCCCUAUGACAACAUCACGACGUUUGAGACCGAGAUUUCGCGCCCGUGGAAGAGCAGAAUGGACGAGACAGCCCUGGGCAAAAUUCAGCUCAUGAUGAACAUGUUGGCACUGCGGCGUCCAAGGGCCGUCAUAUCAUUGCCAGACCGGCAAGAAAUCAUCGAGCCGGUCUCGUUCACGACGGAAGAGAUGCAGACGUACAAUAAAGCGAGGCUGGGCAUCAUCGAAGUCAUCGACUCCGCACUCUUGGCAGACGACGGCGGUGGUGGAUCGGUCUACAUCAGUGCGUUUCAGAAGAUCAACGACCUGCGCUACAUCUGCAAUCAUGGCAAAGCUCCGGUCCGCAAAGGAUCUCCGAGCGCUACUGCGUCGGAGUUGAACGACGCGUCCUUCCAGCGUGAGCUCGACGAUUUGCUGGAAGCUGGGGCAGGCAUCUGUGUCUCCUGCGGUGCAGAUAUUCAAGCGGACAUCGAGUGUGCGGUGCAAGCUCUUGACGUCUUACGAGGAAGCGCCGUCGAGAAUUCGCAGCAGUUUUGCCCCAAUUGUUCGAUGUGCAACGUCGAAACAGGCGGUCCAUCGCCGUUGUCAUUACUAGACCUGGAAGAGGAGGUCAUUGCAUUGACCUCCAACUCCAGCCGUCGCUUCUCGAGCAAGGUGACAGCGCUGGUAUCCCAGCUACUACGUGUGCCUCGUGGCGAGAAAUGUGCCGUGUUCUCUUACUGGACCACGACGCUUGACGUUAUCGAACAGGCAUUGGAACAGGCAACAAUUGUAUUUACUCGAUACGAUGGACGGAUGCAGAAAGCAAAGCGUGAUCUAGUGCUGUCCAAUUUCGCGAACGAUCCCGCGGUGCAAGUGCUUCUAGUAUCAAUCACCUGCGGAGGCCAAGGGCUCGAUCUCACUUCCGCAAAUCAUGCGUUCCUGGUCGAACCGCAGUGGAACCCAAUGCUCGAAGAGCAGGCAAUGUCACGCGUCCAUCGCAUGGGACAGACACGGCCCGUGCGGAUCGUGCGUCUCAUCAUGACAAACACCUGGGAAGAGAGGAUCUUGGAUGUGCAGAGACGAAAGAGAAACCUCGCAGACCUCGUCGUCGACAAAGUGAAGUUGCAGGCGGGCGACGCGGGAAAACGCCAGCUGAUGCAUUUACGCGAACUCAUCAAGUAAGAGUGUGGAAGGACGAAGAAAAGGGGCGGGCAGUCCAG